CUUAAAUGUGUCCUGUGAAAAUGAUGUGCCUCAUGUAACCACCAAAGAGGCGAGGUGUAAACGUUGAUGAGAAAAUACCAAGAACUCCAGAUGUGGUUAUGUAUGUGGUGAGUAAACAUCAGACCGUUAGAAAGACAGAAAAACAUGUCAGGAAGACACACAUCAUGCAUCGGCAUUUAUCAGUAUCAUGACUGAAAUCAACCGGCAGUGUUUAAAGAUUUAGAGAUACAGGAUGCAAGCUGGAUACGUUGUGUUUUUUGUUUUCUUUCCCAUCUUGUUGGAGGGAUGUUGUAUGGGAAGAAGCCGACGAAAGAAACAAACAGGGCAUCGGCAGAAUAUUACCACAUACUACUAUAGAGCCGUGGAAGGUGAAAUGUUUAUGAUGCCGUGUUUCAAAAAUGAGAAUGGAGUUGAGGAAGUGGUCUGGUCUAUGACUGGAGAAGGCAGGGAAGGAAAUGACCGCCCAUGUUUUCACUGCCAGUGGAAGUUCCUAGCAGAAGAAAAGCAUUCUGGAAAGUACACAUGCCUCACACGAAACUUGUCCUUCCAUCUACAGGUGGUGAAGAGGAGUCUAGAAUGCUCCCAGCCUAAAGAGAGCAGUCAAUUGCUGUUUGUGGGAAUAGGUGGAGGGAUCAACUGCCCAGGUUGCAUCUGUAGUAACAACACAGAGACAAAUGUCACCUGGUACAAGGGUACGACAGCUGUGUCCACGUGGAAUCGAUCCACCUGUGGGAAAAAUGGGAGCUUAUAUUUUUGCAAAGUCGAUCCAAGGGAUACUGGUCUAUAUUUCUGUGACAGACAAAUGAUUGAGCAAGGAAUCAAAUUGACCGUCAGGAGGGCUGUUAAUGUCACAGUCAUAUCUUGUGAAAGACGCCCUCCCAACAUUACGUACCCUGAUGUCAACAAGACAGAAGAAGUGGAGCUCGGUCAGUCUCACACUCUUACAUGUGAGAUAAAUUUUCCUUUUGAGGCAAAGUUUUCACCAGUGGUGCAGUGGUACAUGCAUUAUGGUGGCAACAUUGAAGAUAUGACUCUACUAUCCAUGGAGAAGAAAGACGAGAAGGAAACCCCACCAAGAUGGGUCAAGGUCACACAAACAGCCAUCAUAAAAAAGGUGACUCUACAACAUCUGAACAACACAUAUACCUGCAUGGCCAGUAAUACAGUUGGAAACAGCAGUGUCACCAUCAAGCUCAAGAAGAAAAUUAAAGCAAAUUGGCCGUCGCUGGUUCGGUAUCCCAUUGUGUCAUUGCUGGUGGUAUCUGGGCUGGGAAUCGUUUUGCAUGUGAAAUGGUUGGAACUGCAACUUAUCUACAGAUCCCACUUCAGACAUGGACAACUUGAUACAGAGAAAAAAGAGUUUGAUGUGUUUCUGUCAUAUGUGUGCACAUCAGAAGAGGUGGAAGGAGUUUCGAAGGAAGCAUGUGAAACCACCCCGAAGCCGCUAGAAGUGCUGCUACGCCAAGUUUUAGAGGACCAAUGGGGGUAUCGCCUCUGUCUGAUGGAGAGAGAUGUGAUUCCUGGAGUAUAUACAAGUGAUGUGGUUCUUGCAAUACAGAGAAGCCGUAUGCUUAUCUGUCUCCUGUCAGCUGAAUACCUCUCGAACAACAAUGCUAUAUUUGUUCUGGAAUCAGGAGUUCAGGCUUUGCUGCAAAAGUCUGCCCUCAAACUCCUGCUAAUAUGGACCAAUAAAGCCCCAGCAGCCCUCAUCCAUCCGGACCUGCCCACACAGGUCCAGAGGGCCUUGAAGGUGCUACCCAGAAUGUACUGGACCUCAGGACAACCUGUCAGAGCCACCAGCGACUUCUGGAAAUCUUUGAGGAAGGCCAUGCCUGAUCACAGAAUGAAGCUUGUUUCACUCAUAAAGCCCCAGUGAUUUAAGACUGUGUUACCUAUGACAUUUAUUUCCUAACAUGAUGUACAGCAUAUAUAUAUAUAUUUUUUUUUUAAAUCAUAUUUAUUGUAAGAUGCAGCUUGUUGCUACACUCUUUAUUACAACGGUUUAAAACUUGAAUUGGCAAAUGCGUCAAGGAAGUUUCCAUGAUGGUAGGGAUGCCAAAUCAUAACGUGUCGUUUUUAAAUGUAAGGAAAAAAGAAAUGAGUCACCGUUGUGUUAUGCUCAGGGCUCAAGGUAUGUAGUGGUGUGUCAUGUUUGAUUCCCAUAUGUACCAAAAAUAGACUGUGUCCAUUAAACAGUGCGGAAUUAUCAAUUACCUCAGCUCUACAAUUUAAAGCAUUAAAAUGAAAGAACAGAAUUUAAAUGUUUAUAUUUUAACAAACAAAAUGCACUCGGUAAAAAUAUAAAGAAUUAUCAUUUCUGUGGCAGCUGAAAUACAACAAACGUGUUGUAAGGUUUGUCAUGUAUUCUUGGAGCAAUAAACACUUGACACAUUA